GAAAAUGUAGAAGCUGUACUGUGUUUAUUCAUUCUACCACAUGCAGAGCUCCAGCUUGCUAAAUCAGAAUUUCAGACGAUAGACAGUGCAGUUUUGAUCAGCUGGAACAAUUAGCCCCUUUGUGCUUUGGAUUUCUGCAUUUGUCCUUUCUAUGCCUUUUUCCACCCCUCUUGUCAGCAUGCAGCUCAGACUUCAGUGUCCACACUCAAAAGCCCUCUGUGUGUGAACACAAAAUAGGGGCUAUAUACGGCCUCUCUCCUCCCUCUCUUUCUCCUGCUCUCCCUCCCUGCCCUCCUUCUUUUAUUUUCAUGCUCACAGACUUGUUCAUGUCCCCUGACAGAGAGACUUUGACGUCACAGGUGGUUACAUGAACCUCCCUGCUGUGCUUUAUUCAGCAGGAUCAGUUUUGGAAUUGAAAGUGAAGGGAGGAGGCAGCACAGGUCGGAGGCAUCAGGUGUGCACGCAGAGUGACGGGGGAGAAAGAGGAGAGGAGGAACAGCAAAUAGAUGAAUGGGAGCUGCGGCAUCGGAUCUGUGAUGAGACUGUCACAGGAGUCAAAAUGAACGCAUUAAGAUCAGACACACGAGGAGCCUUAAUAAGGACAUUGACUUCCAUGAAUCGUCUGGAAAUGGAUGGACAACAUGAUGGAGUAGGACAACUUUGAAGAAUGCUCUGUCUUGUGCACUUGUUUCUCUUUGGGUAAUUGCAUGAAGAAUUUGAACUUGCUGGACCAUGGCUGGCAAGCAAGGGAGACAAUGGAGGUCCAUGUGCAAAGGCCUCAUCCUGGGAACACUUCUAACCAGCUGUAUGAUCCUGCUUUACUGUCUCCCCAUCCAACAAGCCAAUUCCAACCCACCUGAGGUCCCAGUGCCUUACUCUUGUGCCCAUCGUCCAUCCCAUCUUCACCCUAAAACAUCCACCAACAUGUCCCAAAAAAACUCGAGCCAGUCUUGCUCUCCUAAAGUGGACAUAAUGUUCAUGAAAACACACAAAACGGCCAGCAGCACUUUCCUCAACAUCCUGUUCCGUUUUGGAGAGAAACACCAUCUUCAGUUUGCCUUUCCCAACAGCAGGAAUGACUUCUUUUAUCCAUCCCUUUUUCAACGUUCCCAGGUCAAAGACUACAAACCUGGAAUGUGCUUUAACAUCAUCUGCAAUCACAUGCGGUUCAAUGCUCCAGAAGUGGCUAAACUACUUCCUUUAGACACAUCCUACAUCACCAUUCUGAGAGACCCGGCAGAACUUUUUGAGUCAUCAUUCCACUAUUUUGGCCGGAUAGUGCCUUUUACCUGGACGAUACCGGGUGACGACAAGCUGACGGAGUUCCUGCUUGACCCUCACAGCUACUUUGAUCCAGAGGGCUUUAAUUCCUUCUACCUCAAGAACCUGCUGUUCUUUGACUUUGGACUUGACAACACUCUGGAGCUGGAGAAUCCACAGGUAGACGAGGGAAUCAGAUUCAUCUCAGAGCGCUUCUAUCUGGUCAUGUUGGUGGAACACUUUGAGGAAUCACUGAUCCUGCUCAAAGAUGCUCUAUGCUGGGAGAUGGACGACUUGCUCUUCUUCAAGCUCAAUGCCCGCAAGGGAUCCACUGUGUCUAAACUUACCCCUGAGCUGAGGGCCAGGGCUCUUGAGUGGAAUGCCAUUGACUGGAAGCUAUACCAGCACUUCAACCAAACGUUUUGGAAGAAGGUAGAUGCCUAUGGGCGGCAGCGUAUGGCCAAAGACGUGGCAGAACUCAGGAAAAGAAACAAAGAGAUGGCAUCGAUCUGCAUUGAGGGAGGCCAUGCAGUAGAAGCCGGCAGCAUCCAGGAGACAGACAUGCAGCCCUGGCAGCCAAUAGGGGAGAAGUCUAUCAUGGGCUAUAACCUAAAGAAGAAUGUGGACAAAACACAUCGGAAGUUGUGUCGUAAGAUGUUGAUGCCAGAGAUUCAGUAUCUGACAGAACUGGGGGUGAACCUGUGGAUCACCAAGCUGUGGGGCCAUGUUCGAAACAUUCUUAACUGGUGACUUAGCUUCUGAGCAUGAAGCCACGUCACCAAUUAAAAGAAGAAAAGUAUAUCAGAGUACAGUUGGCAGAUGUCACAGUCUACACCGAACACACUCUGCAAGAACACCAGAAACUUUGUAGUGUUCAGCUUUGAAACACUGAAAGGGAGUGGAUAUGUUCACAACAAACUAAGCAGCCUCUGAUUAAAUCAUAAUUGUUGCCAUACCAACUAAAUCUUUAAGGGAACAUAAAACGGUUUAUAAUAUUAACUUAUGAAUAUCAAACUGUCCUUGAUGAAAAUGUUUAACUUGGAUGAAAGGAUUCUGAAUGAAGAGUAAAAAUAUGGUGUGAAAACAGUCAAUGUACAAGUAUUAAAUCUGACACUGCUGCAUUUAAAAGGUAACACUGGCCAAACAUUAAACAGAAAAAAAUCUAACAAAAACAUUCUUACAAAAAUAUCAGGAACAUUAUAAGAAAUGAAUAACGUCUUGCUAUAGAAAUAGCCCUCUGCGAAGUUAUAAAAUUUGAUUAAAUUGUAAUAAAUAUGUAUAAUAAUGAUGGUUACCUUUUAAGAGUAGCACUUGAAAGGCCUUAAAACAGGGUGAUUGUAUAAUUCAUGGUAUUAAAAACAGAUCGAAUACUUGUUAUUCUGAUAUCUAUUGAAUAAUAUGAGGAAAAUCAUCAAAUUAAUCAAAAAGGAAGUAAAGCUCUAUGCAAUCAAAACAAGAAUUGUUUUUUUUUAUGUUCCUAAUGGUAUUUGAGAUUUCUGCUACAUUUUGCUUCUCGAGGGUCUUUUCUCGUUCUAAUGUCUGAAGGUCAAGUCUUAAGCAGCAUGUUCGUCUAUAUGUUGUGUUGGCAGGAUUUUUAGCUGAACGAUUAUAUCUGUGUAUUAUAAAUUGUGAGAAGUAAUUGUAUAAUUUCUCUUAUGUGCUUUGAUGGUGAAUAACGGUGUUAAACAUGAUCUGCAUUCCUGAUUGUAUGCAGCCUUGCUGUCAUAACCUGCAGUGGCAGAAGGAAAUCAAUAGGGAAAAAGUUAUAUUUUUUAUUACUCUGCAGCAUUGCAUGUUUCUUUAUUUUGAUUCAUUUAAUGAUAAAUCAUCUGUUUCUAUGUCUGUUUUUUUUCUUGUUUUCAGCACUUUUUAAGGGAUUUAUUUGUUCACUAAUUUAUCUGCUGCCUACUCCAUACGAUCCCUCAUUGAUACAGUCAAUGUCAUUAUAAUUUUAUAAUUAGUUAGGUAAAAGGUAACACUUUCUAUGUUCAAACCAAAAGAAAGUAAUUUAAAGCUGAAAGUUUCUUCUGAUGUUAUUUUUCCAAGUUUACUAUACUCUAUGAUGCAGAAUAAGUCUGCCAACAACGGGUGUAAAUACUAACAACCUUCAUAAGUAUCAAAUGUGACAACAAACCAGUUUUCCUUGCAAUUAAACAGCAAGAAAAACUACAAACUAGACAUUAAACGUAAGAGUUACAGGUAAUCCAGAUAAAUGCAUACAAACACAAAAUUUUUUUCUUUCCCUCAGUCUGACAUUAAAGUACAAUAGAUUAAA